UGCACUGUUUCAUGCACAUUACGAGAGCCCAAUGAAAAUUUUUGUUUGCUAAAAUUAAUACGGCUGAACACUUGGAAAAACCAAAUUCGCUUCAUCUCCAGGAGCUUGUCACUUCACGGUUCGAAAACGCCUUUCUACUGCUGACAAGGAUCGUUAGUUUCGUCGAUUUCGCUUGAGUCGCUCUACAGAUUCGGCCAGGGCGAGAAGAGAGAAGGAAAGAAUACCUCUUCGAGAGAUAGAUCUUUCUCUCACGGAUGGGAGUCCACAGGUUGCCAAACUUUCCGCGUCAGAUAUCCGACCGUCCGUACAUUUACCUUACGUCCUCGUGAGGGCGAGGAGCGCGGAGGGUGGUUGCGCGGAACGGAAUCUGUGUCGCGCCGGGUCGGUCGCGGCCCCACCGCCGUCGCCGGGAUCGCGCGCUCUCAUCAGUGUCCACCCAGCCCCGUUGCUCGGCGGAGGCCGCCGAGCGCCGUCCACCCACGCGUCCCGUCUCGAGUCGCGUUUCCGCGGCGGGUAUUUCCCGCGUGUCAUUCCUCAGGAUCCUCGCGCGCCUAUACUACACUGCCCACACGACCCACACGUGAGGUCGAUAACCCCGCGAGGAAGCUCGGACUUCUGCUGAGUACGUUGCACCUGCUUCGAGAAAGUCAGCGGACGCUUUCAAUCGCCUCGCCUUCCUGUUCGCGCCGCACGCGCAGAGAUUUCAGCGACCAACGAGAUUCUACGGACCAAUUGAUCUUCUGUGAUAUUUUGUCGAAUAUUUCACGAAAAAAUUUAACAUCAACGGUGCUGAUUCGCGUUUAUUAACGGGAUUUCAGGCGCGCCGGGACCAAGCAGCAGCAUUCGCCCGUAUAAUCGCGGCGCAGCGAUGUUCAACCUCUACCAGAGCUUAAACAAGAAGGACGAUGGUGACGGGCAGCGAAACCGCGAGUCCGAGGUGACCGGCCACGACAGAUUCUGUCAACAUCGUACCGGUCACUCGAGCACCCGUCGCCGUCGUCGCGCUGUCAAUCGCAGGACGCAGAGCGCCACUGAGCUGAAUGCCAGGGCGAUGAGCACGGCACAGGGCUCGUUGCGACGGGGUCGCAGCGUGAGCACAGAGGACGAUAACGAGAGCGAGGACGACAAGGGCCAUCAGCUUGCGAACAAGCUGGACAAUCUGGCGCGGCUACUCUUCAGCCGCGUGUCAGCGGCACGGGGAUACAAGGAUCAGGGAGACGUCAAGAACGGCCGUUACACGGCGUUAAAUCACGGUUCGAAAUCUGUCAGCGAGGAUGGAGUUGAAUAUAUGGAAAUGGAGAAGAGAUCCCGCGAUCGUGCUUUAUCAAUCUGCAGUGAUUAUAUCGAGAAAACGCCGCGUUUCACUCUCAUCAAGCAGCUCAACAACAUCGGAUCAAGAGUGGAUAAGUUUUGGUUUAUGGUGAAAGACACAUCAUUGAAGACAGACCGACUGUUGACUUUGGUGCCAUUAAAUCGGAACUGUCCGCUGACUGUCUGCCCCUCAACCAAAGACAUCUUGAACAAUCUGUUCCUGGCUUUACAACAUCCUUACAUCUGCCCUGUCUUUCAAGUCGACUUUCUUGAAUAUGAGGACCAAACGUACAUCGUCCUGGUACAGCCCAUCAACCAAAACAGCCUCAAGGAUUUAAUAUAUGGUAUUGAACGAAACUGCUGGACCGAAGACUGGAUUCAUAAGUAUGCCGCACGAGGUAAGAGACUCACACUACCACAAGUGCAACGAAUGGGACGACAGAUAUUGGAAGCAUUGGUGUUCCUGAAGGAACGAGGAUUCCCAACGGUGACUCAUCUCCAUGCGGGCAACGUGUUGAUUCAGAACGGCGUUGCAAGACUUGCCGGUUUGGAAAAUACACUUCUAGGUUUCACCAGCCGCGUACAUCCCAUUGUGACGUCCCGAUUAACGCACUCCACUUCGAUCGAUAUUAUAUGCUUCGGACACAUGCUAUUCGAGAUGUGUGCCGGCUACGAAUUAUGUACCUUUAGACCAUCUGCCGUCCAGCUAUCAGAUAUCAAGAUGUAUCCGCAGGUCGUGAGGUUUCUCGAAUUGAUAUUUACGGAAUCAGAAAAUCAUUUUACCAGUAUAGAGGAGUUGCUGAUCCAUGAUCUCUUUAGGAAUAUUGAUCUCCGCGAGAUGCGAUGCGCAGCCGUAACCGUAUUUCGUCCGACUCUGACACCCUCCAUAAUGAGCCUGCUUGACGGCAUUAAACGGCAAGACGCUGGAAAAAGCUGGCAUAAGACACGCUCUAUAAGCGAUGUCCAUUUAACGCGCAGAUUUUGAAUUGCGAGUAUUGACAGCGAGGACGGUGCAUCGCUAAACAGCUUCAACGGAUCCUUACUCACGCAGAUAUACAACGAGCUUUCACAAACAGCUUUAUAAUGUGGGAACAAAAUCUAUAUAUACAUAUAUACAUAUAUUUUAUCUCAAAAAAUGCACGUUCCUAUUAUAUUUGCAAAGUGCCAAGAAAACGAUUAACCCGUCGCUAAUUCUACCAUGUAUUAUAAUAAAAGCAUGUUAUAGAAUUUAUA